GUACAUAGAGUUAGUUGAACUCAAUGUAAAUAGCAUAUGGAUAUUGAUUAAAUUGUAGUCACAAAUGGCCAAUGCGCUGCUCUAUGCAUUCCCCUGCAAUGAACAAACAAUGUAAAUCGAAUGUAUUUGUAAGUGCUAAUCGAUUCGAUGGCAAUUAAUUAGUAAGAACAAUGAGGAAAUUGGAUAAUUGCAAAUGGAAAAUGCAUAAAAUUUUCUUAUAAAAAGACGGUAAGUUCAUUGCAGCUACUUAGUUAGUGAUCGAUCGUUCCUUCAAGUUCAAGUUUUCCAGUAGCUAAAAAGUGAAAAAGUGAUAGAAUAAAAAGUGCAAAAUAGUUGAUUUUGUGAAAAGAAGUUGAAAAGUGAUAGAAUUAUUCCUGUGGAAAAGUUUUGAACUUAGUUGCAGUGUACGAUUUACCAAAGAAAAAUUGUGAAGAAAAAAUAGAGGGGAAAAACAUUCAAGUUUCAACAAAAAGGAAAAAUACAAAUUUGUGGAAGAAAAAGUUGUUUAAAAAAGUAACAAAAAUCUGAAACAGUUUGAAACAAAGGAUCUGCCAAAUUUCUUCGAAAAAAAAAAUCACGACUCAAAAAAUUGUACAACUCGAAAAUCGGAUACGAAAAAAAUGGCUAAAGUGAAACGAAGCGUAAAAACACUUGAAUCGCGAAUUUACCCAGUUUCACCAGGCGAUGAGAUCGUUAUUAGUGGAAUCAGUGGCAAAUUUCCAAGUGCAAAAAAUGUAGCCGAAUUGGAAUACAAUUUAUACAAUAAGGUGGAUAUGGUGACGGUAUCGGAAAAAAGAUGGCCAAAUUAUAAUUCCGAAAUUCCGAUUCGAAUGGGUGUUAUUGAUGAUAUUGAUAAGUUCGAUGCAACCUUUUUCGGUGUUCCAUAUAAACAAGCGCAUUGCAUCGAUCCUCAAUGCCGAUUGCUGAUUGAGACUGCGUACGAAGCAAUUUUGGAUGCAGGCGUUUGCCCGAAGUCGAUACGUGGUUCGAAAACGGGCGUUUUUAUCGGUGCCUGUUUUAAUGAAUCGGAAAAAGUGUUUUUCUACGAUGUAAAUCACAUUACCGAAUCUGGUUUGGGAAUAUCGGGGUGUAGUCGUGCGAUGCUUGCAAAUCGUGUUUCUUACUGCUUGGGCUUAACUGGGCCAUCAUUUUUGUUAGACACGGCAUGUUCAAGUUCGAUGUAUGCUUUGGAUGCCGCAUUUUCGGCCAUCCGAAGUGGUGAAUGUGACGCUGCUUUAGUUGGUGGUUCAAAUCUUUGCCUCCAUCCGUAUACAACUCUUCAAUUUGCCAGAUUGGGUGUCAUUGCCAAAAAUGGCUAUUGUCGCCCAUUUGACGAAAAAGCCUCUGGUUACACUCGAUCAGAAGGAAUUUGCGUAAUGUAUUUGCAACGAGCAAGAGAUGCCAAACGUAUCUACGCAAAUGUAAUUUAUUCGAAAGCAAAUUGCGAUGGAUUCAAGCUCGAAGGUAUAACAUAUCCAUCAGGAGAGAUUCAAGAGGCACUUUUGGCGGAAUUCUAUGACGAUCUUCAAUUGGAUCCAACUACAGUCGGCUAUGUUGAAGCGCAUAGUACUGGUACUUUUGUCGGUGAUCCCGAAGAGUGCAAAGCAUUGGACAAUAUUUUCUGUCAGGGUCGUACCAAACCAUUGCUAGUUGGUUCGAUUAAAUCAAACAUUGGACACACCGAGUCAACUUCAGGAGCAUGUUCAAUUGCAAAAGCUAUUUUAAUAUUUGAAAACGGACAUAUCCCACCAAAUAUUAACUUUGACCGAGUUCGGUCAUCGAUCCCGGCACUCACUGAAAGGCGAAUGAUUGUUUGCAAUGAAAUAAUGCCAUUCAAGGGCGAUAAAAUUGCAAUCAACUCUUUUGGCUUUGGUGGUGCAAAUGCGCACGCUUUGUUCUCAAUGAAUCCAAAAAGUAAAAUUAACGAAGGCGCUCCGCUUGACAAUAUUCCACGGCUUGUGAAUUGGGCGGGUCGAACAGAGGAAGGGGUCAAUGCAAUGCUUAACGCAUUGGAAUCGCAGCCGCUCGAUGCUGAGUACAUUGGUUUGUUGCACAGCGCCCAAGCUGAGGAGGUGCAAGGCUAUCUUCAUCGUGGUUAUACGGUUCUUAGCAAAGAUGUGAAUGGAGAUAUUUCGAAAAAUGCCUUGAGUUUAUCGCGCGCAUUGAAGCGAGUCGACGGAAACAAACUGCCGGUGGUUUGGCUGUUCAGUGGAAUGGGCUCACAAUGGCCAACGAUGGGCAAGGCUUUGAUGGUUUUCCCACAGUUCCGUGAGACAGUCGAACUUUGUCAUAAAGUUCUCAAGCCAUACGGUGUGGAUUUAAUGUCAAUUAUCACUUCAGAUGAUCCAAAGAUCUUUAAUUACAUUCUAAACGCUUUUGUUGGCAUAGCGUGCAUUCAAAUUGGUCUCGUGAACAUACUUCGAUUGUUAGACGUUAAAAUGGAUUAUUGCAUCGGUCACUCGGUUGGAGAGUUAGGAGUGGCUUAUGCGGAUGGAACACUUACGGCCGAGCAAAUGAUUUUAGCCUCUUACUUCCGAGGCAUCGUUAGUGUCGAGACUAAGGUCAUCGAAGGAUCGAUGGCAGCCGUCGGUUUGGGUUAUGAAAAGGUGGUUCAUAUGCUACCACCAACUGUUGAAGCCGCUUGCCGUAACAGCGGCAUUUCGACAACAAUAUCCGGUCCCAAGGCCGAUGUUGCCAAGUUUGUCGAGGAGCUUAAAUCACAGAAAAUUUUUGCAAAGGAAGUUCAAUGCUCCAAUAUUCCAUACCAUUCGAAGUAUAUUUCCGAAAUGGGACCAAAACUUUUGCGAAAAAUGCGAGAAAUCGUUCCUCGGCCAUUGAAACGUUCUGAAAAAUGGCUCAGCACAAGUGUUCCUAAAUCAGAAUGGCAUUUUCCGCAGAGCAAUUUCAGUUCCGCCGAAUACCACACCAACAAUCUACUGAAGCCUGUUUUGUUUGAGGAAACGGUUCACUUACUACCUUCGGAAUCGAUCGUCAUCGAAAUAGCUCCGCACGGACUUCUCCAAGCAAUUGUCAAGAAAUCGAUGCCAGAAGCUAUUCACGUACCGCUCACUCAUCGCGGUCACUCAAACAAUGCUGCUUUCUUCUUAGGAGCUUUGGGAAAAAUGUUUUUGAGUGGACUUAAUUUGCCGAUUGAACGCCUUUAUCCAAAAGUUGAGUUCCCUGUUUCACGCGGGACGCCAAUGAUUUCGCCGUUGGUAAAAUGGGAUCACACAGAAGACUGGUUCGUUAUGAAAUUUUCUGUUCAGAAAGGCGGUAUAAGUGGGGAACGACAAGUAUCUCUCUCUUUAGAUGUGGAAUCGUACAUUUCGGGCCAUAUUAUUGAUGGUCGUGUUAUUGUGCCUGGUACAACUUACUUGGAAUUAGUUUGGGACACUUUAUCAAUGAUGACUUGCGGUGCAAUCGGUACAAAAAUCAAUGCUCAAUUCGAGGAUAUCCGAUUUUUGAGAGCCACAACUAUCACACCUGGUCAAAAGGUCGACUUGAACAUCAUGAUUCAUUACGGUAGUGGACAGUUUGAAAUCACAGAGAAUGGAGUCACGGUCGUAUCAGGAAUAGUUCGUAACAUCGAAACAUCCGAGUUUGAGGAUGUGUCGAUCGAUGCAAAAGAGUUCGAAAACGGUACGAAUGUGCUUGAAAAGAAAGAUUUCUACAAAGAGCUUCGAUUGCGCGGUUAUCACUAUCAAAACCUAUUCCAAGGAGUGGAAAAGGCCCGUUUAGAUGGCCAAAAAGCCAUUAUCAAGUGGAACGACAAC